AUGUACACUCCUUCUCCAGUCCUUCUUGAGGAAUGGUUUACAAGAUUUACCAGAGAAGUAACGCCUGAUGAUAGUAACAAAUAUCGUGAGUUUGAAAUGAUGGAAGCACUAUGUACUGGGGACAAGGAGACAUCCGGAAUAGAUUUGAAGCCAUACGAAGGCUUCUGUAAAAUUAUGAUAAGGAAUAUACUUAUGGUAACAGAUAAGAGAAAUCAAUAUGAAAAUGGAGAGACAAAUUGUCAGAGAACAGUGAAAAAUAUUCCUGUAUGUGAUUUAUUAAAAGUAUGGAUGUGGUAUUUGGUAUGGUUCUGUGUACCGGAAUCAGUUAUAAAAUAUUUCCUUGACGCUGUGAAACAGGUGAAGACGGAAGGAUUUGAUCCACAGAAGAACUAUGCGGAAUGUACUUAUGAUGCUGUACUUAACAUUCCUGACGAGAAAGUAAAGAUUAUCCUACCUGAGGUGCAACAAAUAUUGCUCUCAAGUAUGUUAUAUCAUAAGAUUGGUGCAGAAACUAGCGAGAAAGAAUGGUGCUUAGAGGGUAAAGAAAAGUACCAGGACAAUAGACUAGCACCUCCAACAGAAGUAGGGGGCUCAGAAAUGGGAGGAAAUGACAAAAUAAGGAGUGGUGACAGUAACUUACAGGACCUGCAAGGAAUUCUUCAGCAACUUGAUAAAGCAUUAAAAGAGGAAAAAGAUGAAGAGGCAGAGAAGUUAAAGGAAUUAGAAGAAACCGUUCAGGAUGCCAUACCAGCUCGACGUCCUCCUCCACGACCAUCAGAAGAACAUCCUACCAAAGUUCCUGAAGCACCAAAAGAGGUCGUUCCUGAGAAAAAAGUUCCUGGGGAGGAAGAUGUUCGUAAGGAGGAAGCAGAGUCAGAAGCAGCGUCGGGAGACGGCACUGAACAAACGACCUCAGAAGCACAGGUCCCUGAGGUACCGCCCUCUGAGGAACCACGCCCACAAGAAACACAGGACAAAAGUGAAGAAACAGUAACCGAAAAAGUUAAAACAACUCUUCAUGAGGACGACCACCAGGAUCCCUCUCCCUCCAAUCCCAGUUCUUCUGUUUUAGGUGGUGGUGCUGCUGCUCCAAUUACCCCUACUGCUGCCGCACGCACUAACAAGAUUGACCUCCCUACCUCAUACCUUCCUUUAAUUCCAUCGGUAACUGGUAUCCUUGUUAUGAGUUAUCUCCUUUGGAAGUAUUUUGGAAUGCUUGGUAAAGCAAGAAAGCGUUACAGAAGAGCACAUCAACUACGUGGUCCAAUUCCCUUAGAACAGCAGAUUGUUGACCAUUUGGACGAAGAUGGUCCACAUGCAUAUACCUUACUAAAGGAACGAAAACCAAGAUCUUUUGCAACGGGAGGAAUGAAGAGAUCAAAAGGACUUGUUGGUCGCCGUGCUGGUCACCGCAUGAUUAUUGAUAUUCAUUUAGAAGUCUUAGAAGAAUGUCAAAAAGGCGAUCUGCAUUCCACGAAGAAAGACUUUUUUGAAAUUUUGGUUCAAGAAUUCAUGGGAAGCGAAUUCAUGAAAUCAGAGUUUAUAAAAGAGGAAAAUGCUCCUACGGAAGAUGUUCCUAAGGAACAGGUUCAAGGUUCAGAUUCAUUUUCCGGGUUUAGGGUGUAG